CAACCCCAAGGAGACGCCGCGCCUCCCUGUCAGCGUCCGGCGUCCCCGUCUUCCAACCUGUCCGCUCCCGUCCCGUGCGAGCCCACUCCCCCACGCCAAACCAGCAACCACCCCUGCUCCGCUCCUCCCUCUCUCCACAUACGCAGGAAGGAGCAGUUGCUUGGCGCCGAUUCCAACUCAGCGCGGCGCUCGCAGUGUUUCGGUUCCGAUGAUUGCCCAGUUAAGCAGCAGGAGGGGGAGACAAGGCGCAGCGAAAAGGAGGCGUCUUUACAGGGAAAAGGCCUCGCCUUUCGCUUGAAUCUCGCCGCGCCGCGCCUGCUCUCGCUUUCCCGCGCCCCUCCUCGCCACUUCGGAACCGGAGCGACAACAGCGAGGGUGGGAGCGGAGGAGCCUCUGUCGCCGUGUGGUUCGCGCGGCGUUCGUGGCGAUUGAACGAGGAGCGGAGGGCCUCGCCUGGCCUGCCGUCCGGCGAGAUGGAAGUGUCCGACCCUUUGGAGCAUGAACUGCAAAAGGAGAUCUCUAACAUCAUGAUUCGGGACUACGUUUGCAGUUUGCAACGUGAGUUUGAAAUGAAGUUAUGGGAGCAUCAGAACUGUAUCAGCACUCUGAACGGGAACUGGAAAGAAAAGGUUUUUGAGAUUGCGGUGCUGGAAGAUGAGCUUCGCUGUAUUUUGAAUGCUGUAGUAAGUUUGGAACCUGGUAUACAUCCUCACCAAUCCCACAGUAGUCUAGAAGACCAAAUCCUUGUGAAGAUGAAAGAUGAUAAUGAGCCUCCUGUAACAGAGAAAGCUACUGAUACAAGCGAGGUUAUGCUUGACAUCCCAGAUUUUUCUCUCCUGAAGCACAUGCAAAGCGAAGAAAUCACAAAUUUUCUCAAGUCGGAAUGGCUAAAACUGCGAAGACAGCAUGAAUCCGAGCUGCAUCAGAAGACGGAAGAGCUGUUCAGGGUGAAAAGGGAAUAUGCGAAAGCUAAAGCUUCGUUGCCUCUUAAGAAAGAGAGAGAGCUUGAGUUCAUCAAAUUGAAGUUGCUCCAGACCAUUUCCAAGCUGGGUGAGAUAACCACGAGAAAAGAGAACUCUUGUUUUGACUGUAAGGAGAAUGAGAUGAUGUGCAGAUUGAAGGACAGGAUCGGUAUGUUACUUCAUGAAAAUAAUUGUCUCCGAGGUUUGCUGGCUGAUAAAAGAAAGGAGGUUAAGCACCUCUGUUCGCAAGUACCCGAUGCAAAGAGCCAAGUAGCUCAGCACUCACUGUCAGAGGCAAAACUCUUGAAUAGUUUUGAGAAGGUUAGGGCUGAACUUGAAGAUUUAAGGAUUGAGAGACACUUGAACAAUUUGUUGGACUCAUCAAUAUUCAGGGAAGUUUUUGAUGAUUACGAGAAUCAGAUUUAUGAUAUGAAUCAGGAGGGAUCUUUCCUCAGAGAGUUGCUUAAUGAAAAAGAAGACCAGCUGAGUAUUAUAUAUGAAGAUAGACAAAAGCUCAAGUAUGAAAAUAAUCAACUGGUAUCAAUUGCAGGGUCAAUAAUACAGCAUCAUGACCAAGUCAACUUGGUUAAUGAUGAGCUUUUGAUGUUUAAGGAGAAAGUCUGUGAGCAAGAACUGCUGAUAUUAGAGACAAAGAGCGAAUAUAACUCAAUGAAAAGAUGUUUGUAUGAGGCUAUGCAGCAAAUCCAAGUAUGCAAGCAAGAAGUACUUGAGCUGACUGAAAACUUAACUUCUAUGUCUAUUGCGUUGGAGGAAGCCAAAGAAAAGAAUGCCUCACUUGAGGCCACCAUCCAGGAAAUGAAGAAAACACCAGCACAAAGCAUUGGCAGUUAUAGGGGACAGACAGGGGAAUCUGAUCUUGCCAGUAUGGAGAAGUUGUCAAAAGCAUAUAGUGAUUUUGAAAGAAGAUUAGCAGAAUCUAUGAAAAGAAAUGAAACCAGAUUGACUAGUAUAAUUGGUCAGUUUAACCCACUGGUGCAGCAAGUUGCUGCCUUAAGGAAAAAAGAAUUCUGGUAUAAGCAAAUAAUUGAGAUUAAAUGUUCAAAUCUUCGGAAAGCAGAAGCCGAGGUUGAUGUACUUGGCGAUGAGGUUGACACCCUUCUAAGUGUCCUGGGAAAAAUCUAUAUAGCACUUGACCAUUAUUCUCCAGUUUUGAAGCAUUACCCUGGGGUUACAGAGAUUUUAAUGCUUGUGCAGAAGGUGUUGAAAGGAGAAAAUAUUUAGCACCGUGCCACUCUAGGGAAAAUCUUCACAAAUUUCAUGUCCAUACAAACACUUGCGCAAAAUCCCAAGAACAGCUAUAUGUCUCUGAUACAAUGUGCUGUGGGAGAACAUAUUGUAUUGACUUACAGCAAAGAAGGUUGCUAACUUUAGGGUAUUUGUGCAGUCCAAGUAGCCAUCACUCCAGUUAUAAGAAAACAUAGCCAUGACUCCAGUUAAAAGAAAAGGUAGCCAUGACCGUUCACUUGCUAGAGUAAUCGGCUCAUCUUUGUUAGCCUCAUUUGUGUUACUGUGCAGUUAAAAGUUGGGUUCAGAUUGUAAAUGUAAAAGGUUGAUUCGUGUCAUUGCAGUUUUAGGAUGCAACUGAGCGAUGAUUUAUUCAGCCACUCUAGAUUUUGAUACUUGUAUGGGUUGUAGACUUGUAGUAAUGUAUGUAUUUGUAGCAAUUAAAGUUUUAAUUAGGUUGCAUCUGGGUGAUAGUUUAUUCAAUGAGUGUAGCUUUUAUGGUCCUAUGCUGUAUACUUGUAUUGGGUAGUGAAAAUUUACUUGUUGCAGUUCAAAAUAUAUGAAGAUUCUUUGUUU